CUGAGCCCCUGGGGCUGCAACUCAGGACUUGUGCCCAACCGCAGUCUUCGAGCUGCCUCCUAACAGGCUGCGGGCGUGGGACAAGCAUGGGGACGCCUACCUGACAUGAUCCAGGCCGCGGAGUGCAUCUCCAUAGACAACCGGAAGGGACGGGCAAAGACUUGGCUCCCACAGCAGCCUCAUUGUAGCUUUCGUCAACCCGCUCCAUCACCGGCCUCGGUCCCCCGCCACAGGAACCCGACCCAGCUCGAUAGAAGAUGGGUGACCCAGAGUCAGAUUUCAACCUUAAAGUCGUCCUGAUCAGCUUCAAGCAGUGUCUUGCUGAAGAUGGACAAGUGCUGCUGGACCAUUACAUCACCAGCUGGAAGGGGCUAGUCAGGUUUCUGAACAGCCUGGGUGCCGUCUUCUCAUUCAUCUCCAAGGACGUAGUCUCAAAGCUGCAGAUAAUGGAAGGUCUGAGGAACAGCCCACAGUGUGAGCACUACACCAGCUUACAGUCCAUGGUCACCUACGAGGUGGGCAACAAGCUGGUAGACAUAGAUCGCCGCUCGCGGCCCCGAUACCCUAACUCGGGCUGCCGGACUGUGCUGCGCCUGCACCGUGCUCUGCGCUGGCUGCAGCUGUUCCUCGAAGGCCUGCGCACCAGCCCUGAGGAUGCUCGUACCUCCACGCUCUGCAGUGAUGCCUAUAACACCACACUGGCUGCCUAUCACUCCUGGAUCGUACGUCAAGCUGUCACUGUGGCCUUCUGCGCCCUGCCCACACGCAAGGUCUUCCUCGAGGCCAUGAAUGUGGGCUCCUCUGAGCAAGCAGUGGAGAUGCUGGGAGAGGCCCUACCCUUCAUUGAGAAUGUGUAUGACAUCUCUCAGAAGCUCUACGCUGAGCAUUCCCUGCUAGACCUGCCCUAAGGGUGCUUCCCCUACUUGGAACUGGGCUUGGGCAACCUGGGACCCCUCCCACAGCAGUGCUUUCUGGAUGCUGCUGUCCCCCUGAAAGCUGGGCUUGUUGAGGGCCACGGGCUGUGAAGAGAAAGGCAGCGGUGGCUGAACCAAGUGAGGUGGGUGGUAGCUGUGCUCUUGGUCCAGGACAAGACCAUUGAACUCCAUUUUCGUCCUCUGCUUCAGUUAUGUGUGUGUUCAGUCAGGCCUCAUUGAAGUUGGAUGGCCCAUGGAGAUGAUGGGGGAGGAGGGCUGUGUUCUACCUCCCAUGUGUGGGAUCUGGAGGUUCUGUCUCCCCCACAGUCAAUAUGCCCAGUUGGUGCGUAUCCUACCUAAGACAUGGCAUCCGUGCCAGACACACAGCCCUGGGCCUGCAUGCCUGGGUCCCCUUCAUAUUCCAGAAUCUGUCCUUGGGUAAGAUGAGGCUCCUUUGGCAGUGACGUGAAUACCAAAGACCCCUUUCCUUGCCCUUCACCUGCCUCCUUGUUAGCCUCUCUGCAUAUCAAGCAGGCCCUUGUCUCCUUGGACAUGGAAAUCAUUGAAACUGCUAGCUGAGACUUCCCCAGGAAAGCGUGCUCCUGUCAGUGCAGCCUGCUUCACAGCUUCUGCAAUAAGUAUCAGCCUUCAGAAGGUGGCCUCCCCCAAGACUCUAAAAUAAAAUGUCAGUACGAA